UCUCUUGUUUUCUUGGAUGGUCCCAAGGCAUUAUUCAUGGGGUAUUGCACCACCGCUUUAAUAUAUGGGUUCGCUGGGGGAUCCAAGCCAGUCGCUGAACUAAGUCUCCAUGACUUCGAACAAUGCCUCAAGGCAAGAAAAAUCAAUCUCUAA